GUCGAGGGGGAUAUACUUAAACGCACGCGACACUGGGGACGACUUGUUUUACUCCUUUCACUUAGUAACACUUCAAGUGCACUUUCCUGCAGGACUUGGGAACCCGCAAAACCCUUCACCAACCUGACUGUCUCCAAAAUCGUCAACCUGCGUCCUUGAAGCCGUAUCAUGGCUUCACAUACUACCGAGUCCCAGCCUCCCACUGAAGCCGUAGGGCCCUCCUACCGGCCAGUUACCCAGAAACCUACGGCCACCGUCUCCAAUUCCCUAUCGCACAGCAAUGUCACAAUCCUGCCAUCUACGCCGCAACUGCUCUCGUUACUCACGAUGAUCCGCGAUAAGAACACUGGUCGGGCAGACUUCAUCUUCUACUCGAACCGCAUCAUCCGCCUCCUGGUCGAGGAAGGCCUCAACCACCUCCCCGUCGUCGAGCAUGAGGUCACCACCCCCGUAGGCCGGACCUACUCGGGCGUCAAGUUCGAGGGCAAGAUCUGCGGCGUCUCCAUCAUGCGAGCCGGCGAGUCCAUGGAGCAGGGGCUCCGCGAGUGCUGCCGAUCCGUGAGGAUUGGCAAGAUCCUGAUUCAGCGGGAUGAGGAGACGUCGAAGCCGAAACUCUACUAUGAGAAGCUGCCCGAAGAUAUCGCGGACAGGUGGGUGCUGCUGCUUGAUCCGAUGCUCGCUACAGGCGGUUCCGCCCUCAUGGCAGUCGAUGUCCUCAAGUCCAAGGGCGUCCCGGAGGAUCGCAUUCUGUUCCUCAAUCUGAUUGCGAGCCCGGAGGGAGCAGUGAACUUUGCAGAGCGGUUCCCCAAGGUCCGCGUCGUGACAGCUUUUGUGGACCAGGGCCUGGAUGAGAAGAAUUACAUUGUCCCUGGCUUGGGAGACUUUGGCGAUCGGUUCUAUACCAUGUGAUGUCCCUCAAGCGUGAUUGAUGUGGUAUGGGAGUUCGUGUAUGUUUGACACAGUACUUUGGUCAGGGUAUGGCUCGCAUGAUGCAUCUUUCCAUUCGUGUGGCUGUAGGCCCCAGGCGGUCUUGUUCUUUCAUCUUAAGUUGGAAGCACGGAGUUUUAGGCCUUCUAGCAUUUUGCAGCACUCUCGACAUGGAGUACUCUCAACAUGGAGUAGCACGGUGCAUGACGAUGCAGGUGGAAGAAGUCUUUUGCUGUGAGCCUUGAGGGAUUAGACUUCGGGGUUGUGUUGGGAGGCGAAGUUUGGCAGAUGGAAGUUGCCGGGUAGGUCAAUAGCGAAGGGUAACCCAAACAACCAGAGUACAUGCCAAUAAUGCUAUGAUUAAUAAAAGCAAAC